ACGUCAACAGUAAACUUUUUCAAAAAAGAAUCUAUUUUGUAAGUUGUACAGCAAAAAUUUAACAAAAAGAGAUCACAAGAAUGGUUCCAACAAAGCACCUUUCUAACGUUGAUGAUGCUUUGUGGGGACUGAGUACACUGGAGAGAACACGGAGACUUGGGCAGCAAACUUAUCAACGAGCACUGAAAAAUCAUGCUGCAUGGACAGAGCAAAGGGAACAGGGACAAACAAUGUAUCCAAUUUAUAAGGAGAGGGGAGCAUGCCCAAUUUGUGGCAAGUCUGUGGAACCCAAUAUAGAGCUGGAGUCAGCUUUCUCUGAUGUGAUGAUGAUGAUGUCUCACAUGUCUCAAAUCUGUCAGAGAUAUUAUUGUGCAACUGAUGGAGAACCUCAGACAAAACAUGAUAAAAAACACUGUCGGAGAUACCAUGGUACACAACUUAUAAACAAGAUGAACAGUCGGAAGGUGAAUUCAUUAAAUAAAGAGGUGCACCUGUUGGAAAGUGAGCAGCCCACAUCAGUUGAUACUUGUCACAGAGAAAGAUCAAAAUCCUGCCGACAUGCUACAUUUGAUAUUUCUGCUUCUUUACCACAAUCCAGAAAAGCCAAGCAUGUCAGAUUCUCUCCAGGAGAGACAGUUGAAGUCCAUUUUUGUGCUUGAUACAUGCUAUUUUUGGAUGGUCUGAUAACAUAUUUCAAAGUUUUUUGAAAUUUUAUUUGUUUUUUGAAGAAUUUUAUCCUAUACUGAUGGGAAAAAAUAAUCUCAUUUAAUAAGUGCAAUUAAUACGAAAAGUGCUUUCAAAUUAAGAUGCCCAUAUACAUAUACAUAUACCACUUGUUUUAUAUGUUAAAACAAUAUUUUUAAUCAGAGAAAAUAUUAAGUUCAAUCAAUUGUAUAACCUGAUGGAUAUUUGAAAUGCAAUAUUUUCUCAGGAAUUCAUAUAAUUUAAAAAUUGCUCAGUUUUGAAUAGAAUAUCUGUGAAAUUGCUACACUACAUUUAUCUCCAUGAUGCUCUAUCUUGCCAAUUUCAAAAUCUUAACCAGCACAAGUCUUCCAAUUUUUUGUGUGUGCGUUUUAUUCACAUAGUUUUCAUGAGUGAUCUGCAUUUUACCGGUACUUGCUCAAUGAAAGAACAGCCAGUCUGCAGUAAUACUGCUGACUGAAAUUAAAUUUUGCACUGCCAAAACAUUUUAAUGCAAUAAGGGUACAUCACUGUAUGCUUUCUUGUUCUUACACUUUGAUUAAUUUUACCUGAACCUUUUUUGUAUAAAUUUGUUACAAAUGUGUUUUUCUAGUCA